AUGACCACCGAUGAGCUGAUGGGCACACUUGAGAUUCAUGAACGAAGGAUCAACAAGAAGACUCCCUUAAGUUCUCUAGAGCAAGCUUUUCAAUCAAAGCUAUCUUUUAGAGAUGACAGAAACAAGCGAGGGGGGACAUCACAAAGAAGUCGAGAAAGAGGUCGUGGUUACAAUACUGAAGUUCUGGUUUUCGAAGAAGAGACGGAAGAGGUCCAGCCAAGGAAGAAGAAGUCAACCACACUUUACUCCGAGAGGAAGAGCAAGAGGAAGAGGAGCAAUGAAUGCCAGAGUAGAGCAACAAUAGAAGCCAGAGAGCAAGUAAUUUUUGCCGAGCAGGAAACAAACAAAGUCGAACCUACAGUCCUGUUUGUCCACCAUGGAGAUACUGAAAACCAAAACAAUGUUUGGUAUCUAGAUUCGGGAGCUAGUAAUCACAUGUGUGGUAAAAGAGAGUUGUUCAUUGAGCUUGAUGAGACUGUACAAGCACAAGUCUCAUUUGAUGAUUCUUCAAAGAUUCCAGUGAAAGAAAGAGGCAAUAUUCUGAUCAAGCUCAAGAAUGGAGAUCAUGAUUACAUCUUUAAUGUUUAUUAUGUUCUUUCCAUGAAGAACAACAUUUUGGGUAUGGAACAACUCCUAGAGAAAGGAUAUGACAUCAACAUGAAAGAUUGUCAUCUUACUAUCAAAGGCAGUCAUGGUAAUUUGAUCGCUCGGAUGAGAAUGUCCAAGAAUAGGAUGUUUGCACUGAACAUUCAACAUGAUGUUGCGAAGUGUUUAAGUGCCAUCAUCAAAGACGAAGACAAAGACUGGAUAUAG